UGACAGUUAAGUUUGUGGUUGUGUAUGUGUCGAAAUUUCAGAACUUUUUAAAGAAAUGAAAACUUGAAAUUUGAUGCUACAGAUAAGUUGAAGAUUUUGAAAUUUUAAUAUUGAGCUUUAGGAGAACUACCUACAUAGUUAUAGAUAGGAACCAGGCUUCUACGCUAUAUAGCGGUUGUAAGAAAUUAAUACUAACUAUACGACCAAUUUAUACUAUCAAACCUACAGUGCCUAAAGCGAUACUUUGUUAAUUUUAUUAAAAUGUUAACUAUUAUUGUGAGGGUCUACCAUGAUGAACGAUGACAUUAAUAAUUACAUUCCAUCUGUUCUUAAUCCAAGAGCUAUUAGGAAAGAAAAUACUGGGAACUCCACUUUUCUUACUCAGAACUCUAUUAUAAGCCACUGUUCCUUAUCUCUAAAAAGGAAUGGAGGAUCCUUUACACCACAGAGAAAGGCAUUUACUCAAAACAAAGAGAACUUGCAAAGUAACAUAAAUACAUUGGAGAUCAGCACACUGCAGCACUCUAAACCAGCUAAAACUCAUGAUAAAGCUGAGAGCAGUUCAGGCUUUUCUGCCAUCAAAGACUUUGUUGACCAUUUUGACAAUAAACACAGGGAAAAUCAGGUACAAGAAGUAAAUACUUUGAAUACCAUUCCACAAACAAAAACUGUGGAUAACAGUGCUUGGAGUAGCUCAGCCCUUUCAGCCAUUAAGGGCUUGGUUGGAAACCAUGAUGCUAGAACUUAUCAAAGUGUUACCCCAAGCCCAUUAGGGUCACCAUAUACCAUCCUUCCAGUCAAAGAGUGUGACUCAUCAAUCAUUUCCUUAUCAUCAGCUACAGAGUUAAAUGUGACUGAAGAUAAUAGUAGCUUGUCGAAUACCAUAAAUGAAGCAUGUAAACCAUUGAUCUCAGUAUCAUUUGGUAUUAAUGAAUGCAACAAGGUUAAUAUCAGUUCCAAAAAAUCCAAUAUUAGAAACAUAUCUGUUUGCCAUGAAAAUGAGAAUAUAACAGUAGACUGUGAUAUAACUGAAAUCUCAGAGGAAGCAAGUGUGGUAAGUGAUUUGGAUGAAAACAUGAAUGAGAAUAGCACAGCCAACCCACUGAAAAGGUCAGCAGUAGCUGUCAGUUUGGAAAUUAAAAAGAAAAAAACACUGACAGCAGAAGACAUUGAAGGAAGUGGAAAAGUUCUGCUUUUGAAAACAGAUGCCAUUGAUCAAGUGUCUCAUGUUAUUGUUCAGCCACCAAAUUAUACAAUAGUAAAAAGACAAUACAAAUCAAAGAACAGUAGCCAAAAUAAGUCUGUGUGUAAUAAUGCAAAAACUCUCAUAAAGUUAAGUGCAGACAAACGGCAGAAAUCCAUUGAUUCCUACUUUAAAAAGAAGACUGAUGCUGAUGUAAUAGAGUUAUCAGAUACAACAAUUUUAUUGGAAGAUAUUGAUGAUAAAAAUGAGGAUCUAUCUCAGGGUGAGAGUGUGAAACAUGAUGCUGUGGAUAUGAGCAAAAACUCUGGUUUAAAUGGAGCGAAUCGGGCGUCAAGUUCAAAUCAAAGGUCACCAAGAAAUGAGGUUACUUCUCAAGCGAAGUUUACCAGACAGGUUGCUUCACCAACAAAAAGGAUGGCUCAGGAGAAUGGUGAGCAUGUCAGGAAACGGCAAGAAACAAAGGCAAUCAUCUCUCAGCCCCAAUCUUUGAACUCUCCGCAGUCAAGACAAAGCAGUGCCCGGUGUCAAUCCUCAAAGACACUAGAUGCCUUACACUUUUCACUGCCCUCUAAAAGUAAAACAAACAACAAACCAAAAAGUGUGCCUUUCCAUAAAGUUGUUACAGGGACACAUUUUGCAGUGGACGCAUUUUCGUAUGGAGACAUUCCGAACGUGAAACACUACUUCCUCACACACUUCCAUUCAGACCACUACAUGGGACUCAAGAAGACCUUCAACAAACCAUUGUAUUGUUCCAAAAUAACAGCGGACCUGUGCAUAUCUCGUCUCGGCUUGAACUCUGAUUACAUCAACAUACUGAACCUCGACGAGCCACUGCGGAUAGACGGCGUCGAAGUCACGGCCGUUGAUGCCAACCAUUGCCCAGGUUCCAUAAUGCUGGUGUUCACCCUGCCCACUGGCCGGACGAUCCUGCACACCGGGGACUUCCGCGCCACGCCUGCCAUGGAGUCCUACCCCUUGUUCUGGAAUAGGGACGUGCAUACUGUUUAUUUGGAUACCACAUAUUGCAACCCCCGCUACGACUUUCCGACACAAGACCAGAGUUUAGACAUGGCAUUGUUUUUGUUGCGGCAAAAGAAAAUUGAUUUAGAGAAGAUUGGCAAGAAAUUCUCUUCCGUAUUAAUUGUUUGCGGGACUUAUACCAUUGGCAAAGAGAAGUUCUUCCAAGGAAUGUCGCGACGCGUCGGAUGCACCGUGUGGGCGUGUCCGGAGAAAGACAAGGUUCUACAGAUAGUGGAGGGGCGCAGCUUCAGCCAGGUGGCGCCACAGUCGUGCCAGUUGCAUGUGGUACCUAUGAGGGACCUUACUGUUGAGAAACUACGGACCUACUUGGAUAGUCAGAACGGUUCAUUUGAUGAAGUUGUGGCGUUCAAACCGAGCGGCUGGGAGAAUGGAAAGAAUUCUACUGUCCAUAAAGAUAAAAUCACUAUUUACGGCAUCCCCUACAGCGAACACUCAAGUUUUUCCGAGAUGAUUCGCUUUGUGAACUUCCUGAAGCCAAAGCAAGUGAUACCGACUGUUGAUAUCUCUGGCGGGCCGAAAGCUGUUCAGAAAUACUUCCCAUGCCCGCUGGUGUACAAGGAGGAGGUUCAUUCUCAGAGCAAAGUGACGGACUACUUCAGGAUACCGAGCAAACAGCAGGGCACUGCCGUUACCUGAUGUUCCCAUCGCACGAAACUUAAACCAAAACGUAUUUAUCCCGCCAUGAGUCUGUGAUCUAUUUUUGAUAUUAUUUAUGUGUACUUUAGUUUAUAACUUGUUGAUUUGUUGUUUUGAAAGUGUAUAAAUAUAAAUAAAACAUCACAUAUUUUGAU